AUGACGCUGUGGUAUAUGCUUUCAAAGACACUAGCUGAAGAAGCUGCUUGGAAGUUUGCAAAGGAGAAUAAAAUUGACAUGGUUGCAAUAAAUCCAGGACUUGUCAUUGGUCCUCUCUUACAGCCAACUCUAAACACAAGUGUGGAGCCAGCUCUGAAUCUUGUAAAUGGAGCUGUAACCUUUCCAAAUGCAACUUACAGGUGGGUUGAUGUUAGAGACGUUGCAAAUGCACAUAUACUGGCUUUUGAAAACUCUUCAGCUUGUGGAAGAUAUUGUAUGGUUGGAAGAGUUGUGCACUCUUCUGAGGUUGUGAAAAUUCUUCGCGAGCUAUACCCUUCUCUCAAUCUUCCAUGUGCAGAUGAUAAACCAUGGACGCCAGUGUAUUGUGUAUCCAAGGAGAGAGCAGAAAGCCUAGGUGUCAGUUUUACUCCUCUGGAGGUGAGUUUUAAGGAUACUGUGGAGAGCUUGAAACAAAAAGGCUUCUUUUAGUGUGUGAAUCAUGCAACUCAAUCGGCAUCGGCCAAAAGUUGCAUUUAGUACAUGUUUCGAUUAAGCACUUCCAUUCUACUCGAACAAAAAGCAGCUUUUGAUUACAUGAUGAUGAUUAUUUUUUCUUAUAUCUGUUUUGUUGUGCUUACACUGUGAAGUGAAUUACAUGACUAUUUGACCGUGUAUAAUUGCGGGGACUAACAAAAGCUCCUUAUUUAUAUAUUUUUCGGAGGGUGAAAGUAUACUUGAGAUAGUCACCAAAAUUCUCUAUGAAUUACUUUGAGAGUGCACUUGCCAAAUAGAUUCAGGAUUUUCUCUCUGAAAUCAACAAAAGUUACCUUGUGAUACAAAGUAUACAAAAUUCGAGAUAUUAUAUUGCAUGUUAGUUCUGUGAAAGCAGGGUAAAUUGUGACUCUACCGACAGAUGUUAGACUGUGCUGACGAAGGAUAAACCAUCGAAUACUGAUAAACACAAUAAUUAUCAUAAAAUAGUACAAAUCUAGAGAUAUUUAUCAGUUUGGUAUUAGAUCGGAUCAUAUCAAAUUGAAAUCUAGAACUGAAUAAGAAAGAUGUUCUAGACUGAAUAGAUUUUUUUCGGUGUGAUUUUGUAAUGUUUGAGUCGGUUCAAUUCAGAAUAGAUUUAUCCAUCCUCUUCUUACUUAUGUUAGUUUCAAAAUAUAAAUGUGAAUAAAGCAAUAUUGAGAAAAACUUUGAUAUAUUAUUUUCCACAAUUAUCAUAU